UCCUCGACCGUGUGCGAUUCUUGUUCUUUUGGCGUUGGGGCGCACCGACGACGCCGCGUCCUUCUCUGAUCUCUCUUUCGCCCCGUCCUCCUUCUCUUCUGCUCAUGAUUUGACGACUUGCAAGCUACCUCAUUCAUUUCUCGAUCCCACCGCCGCUCGUACGAUCUCGAACGGGAUAGCAUACAUACCCCAACCUUCAAUUCGAUCAAGACCCCAAUCAACGCCAACGGAGACACGCAUCGGAUACCACAUCAUAGCAAACAGCCUAGCAGCGACAUUGAUACCGGCAUCAUCACAUUAACGCACAUCUACAGAAAAUAAGGAGCAAUGAGCGACACACCUUCUGAGACUGCCACCGAGAAGGAGAAUGAGGCGCCAUCGGUGGGCGCAAACGUGCACUGCGACGACCUCAACCCAAAGGCUUCGUCAAACCAUCAGCACUUGACCGAUUCCUCAUCGAUGCCACCCGCUUCGGCAAGAGAAUCGACGACUGCGACGUUUGAGAGCAGCGGAAUGGGCGUUGAGCAGGAGCAGGAGCCUCCGAUAACGACGACAUACACGACCAACAAGAAACCGACAUCGACUACGACCAAGACCACGACUACGACCACGACUUCGCCAAAGAGGGCAAAGAGGGGCGUUGCCUCGUCCUCGUCCAAUUCGAAGCCCUUUUCUGACUCGGCAAGGAAGAGAGACAGCGUGCAGGCGCUUGGAUCCAUCAGCCACCUGCAAAGAUUUUACAAUAGCCAUGGACUGGCAAGCAAGCAGAAACCGGCUGGAGGUGGCGUGCUGGCGAUUGGCCACGCGGCUGAGCGGGCCUUGGACGAUCCUCUAGCUCGGCCAACCCCUGGCGACGACGAUACCGCAGGAAGAGGACGAGACCUCGCUUUGGCUGCUCUGCAAGGAAGACAUGACGAAAACAAGGAGGGGCGGGUCGCUGAACAUGGUAAAGGUGAUGGCGAAGGCGACGACGGCCCCGACGACGAUGAUGAGGACGAUGAAGACGACCUUCUCCGACCUGAAGAUCUGCAGAUGUCACGAUACAAGAAGCCGCUGCCGUAUCCCGACGUGGGCAAGCAGCUCGAUGCUGACCCUCGAAUCUUACGGCCCGGCGUUCUGGCUGCGCUCGAUGAGACGUGCCAGAAGUGGGGUCUGAUGGACCUCAUCAAGACAGCUGGCGAAGAAGAUGCGCGACAUCUCUCCGGCUCCCUCUCUCGAAGACCGAGCUCGAGUGUGCCUUUGGAACAGCAGCAGGCAAAUAAUGGCGAACCGGUGGACAUAGACGAGCUCCUCAAAAGCACUUCGAACACGAUUCGCAAGGUUCGAACUUACCUCUUUGCCCUACCUGCGGACUCGAUUACACCUCGCGGUGCUGCUGGCCCUAUGUCCUCAAAGGAAGGUGCCCUAGGCCCCUCUGGUCGCACACUCAAGCCGAAAGAUUCCUUCAAACGCCAGAGCAGCUUCAUGGGCCUACCUCGAGGCACCGGAAGCAGCAGCGGCAUGCCUAGUGCGUGGAAGAGCAGGCCAGAGAUCCCUUUCGCUCCGGCAAAACCGAUCCAAGGGGAGCAACUUGAUCCUUUUGAAACGUUGGCUGCACAACGCCGAAGAAGCUCAGUCACAGGAGACGGCGUCAAAGAAGUUAAUCGAGCAGGUUCCAUGUCAAGAAUGUCAUCCGCUGCAGACGUCAACAAGACGGUAGACAAGAGCAAAGAGACACCGCUGCAGCAACAUCAACAACAGCAACAGGACGCAAACGAUCCCCUCGUCCUCGUCCGCACUUCUUCCCUCAGUGUCCUUGGAGCGAUGCGCGAGCUCGACGAGAGGACGAAGGUCGCGAGCACCGAGGAUGUGAUGAGCGAGGUCAAGGGUCAUGAAGUGAAGCGCAAUGUUGCGUUGCUCUCUGCAUCCUUUGCAAGCCCUUCGACGUUGACCGUCGAUCUGACGGGAUCUUCGACAGGCAUGUUCUCAUCCUCGACAGCGAGCAAUGCCAGCACAGAGGAUGUGACAGCGGCCUUUCCACCUCGAGAAAGAGUUGCCCUGUCGUCCCUUCGAAAGGAGAGAGAGGUUGUCAAGGAGUAUUUGACAACGGUUAAUAACGUCCUCGCGCUGGUGUCGCAUGGACCCGGGAAACGGACGAGAACGAGGACUUCUUUGGCGAACCUUCAGCAGAGGUCACUAGGAAGGAACCUGGGACUCGGGUCCGCCCCUGGUCUGACAAUUGAUCGCCUUUCGAGGAGGAAUCAGUCAGCCUCGGUGGGUGACACCCCGGCAAUCAGGGUGCAACUUCAUGGUCCCGAGCAGGGUGACAAGGCGCAAGACACACUUGGCAUGGGCGCUGUCAGCAUCGACGAUUCGAUCGAUGAGGGUGAUGCCGAUCUCAUCUUGACGGGAGCAGCAGGAGAAGAAGAUCUUCCUCCGUGGGCCCGCGCAGGCCAAGACUAUCCCGGUGGAUCUAUCGCCCGCGCCCGCGACCUCCUCAUCGACAUGCUUCCCUCCGACUUGGCAUUGGAGGUGCCUCUGCUGGACGAGGUCGAUUCCUCGCAUCCCUACACGCAAAAGGAAGAAGACGACGAAGAUUUUGACACCCCCAGCACUGGCAAAUUCGCCUUCCUCAGCGCGCUUUCCAACGGCCAGUUGCUCUGCUUGGCCUACAACGAGGCGCUGCGCCAGAGCAAGCGUCCCUGGGGAUUCAUUCAGCCUCAGGACAUCCACGAUGUCAUGACGUAUGAGCGCGCAGCGCGAGAAGCGCGAAAGAACAAGAGCGCUCAGGAGCGCAUCGAGGAGAAGCUUGAAAGGGAGGAAAGGAAAAAGAAGGGAGAGACAAGCACGUCUGGCACAAAUAGCAGCCUGGGCUGGACAUUCAGACGGACCGAGAAUCUACGGGUCUGGACGGCUGCGCUUCGUCUCCGUUACCUGUUGUCCUUCUCCGGUUCGCAACAGGUGGUGGCGCCAGCUGCUGCAAGCACGAGGCGAAUGUCCUCAUUCACUUAUGGGAGCGCCAGCAAUACGUCGAAGGAGGACCUUGCGCUUGUCGAGCUGUCCUCAUCUGGGAGUGCCGUGCCACCACAAGCGACACCACUUCCGCCUCUUGCGCCAGUGUUUGAUCCCAAAAGCGUGGCCAGAAAGCAGUUGGGUACACCGUGGCUCGAUAUGCUCGAAGAAGCCCUCUGCAGGUGGGCGCAGGCCGUGGUAUCUGAGGAGCUGGAAACGGACUCGGUCUAGUAGUUCCAGUCUCCCUCUUCAAUCAACCGAAAGCCAAAAGAAGAUGAUGAGAAGAAUUCCUAUUGCAGUGAUCCCU